CUCUGAUUGUCCACACCAAUAUGCCGAUGGAUACACAUGGAGCGUCACCGACGGGUGUCAUUAAACGUAUCCGCCAAGCCUGUGCCAAUUGCAGACGCCGAAAGAUAAAAUGUUCUGGACAACGACCUAUCUGCACCCACUGCCAUCAGAACCGACGCAGUUGCGUUUACGAGCCCUAUUCUAUGACAACGGUCAACGUCAGCAGGAGCGAUGCAUUGCCGCCUCCUGUCACGCCGAAUCCCGACCUAUUGCAGCGACUCUCGACAAUUGAGGCGGCCUUGAGCAGGCUCAGCCAAGGGAACGCCGAGCUUCAGACCCAGCUCGACCGUAUUCCUCCUCCCCACGUCCUACGAUCCCUCCUCGAUACAUAUUUCUCACGUGUCCACAACCGCCCAUACUCAUUCUUCCACCAAGCUUCUUUUGAACAGAGGCUAGAAAAUGAAAUCGUGCCCAAGUGUCUACUCUUUGCCAUGCUGGCCUUGGCCGUCCGCUUUUCAGAUGCCCCCUACUUUGCUGGAAGAAUCCACGACGCCGCGGCCGCUUACUCCCGCCAGUCAUGGCUCUGUGUGAUUGAGGAUCAUUUAAGUGUCGAUGAGAACCUCGACUUGUCGGUAAUUCAGACCGUCGCCUUGCUGGCUAUUGUUGACUAUACUGCGGGAAGAACCAGCUCUGGUUGGUUGCGACUAGGUCUCGCUAUUCGCCUUUCCCAAGACGCCGAUCUACAGUCCGAACCGCCAAUAUUCCUCCCAGCCACAGAACGCGAAGAGCGACGGAGAUCUUUCUGGUCGAUAUAUCUCGUAGACAGACUCAUGUCAUGCGCUCGCUCGCGGCCAGCAACCAUCUCGGAUCACGACUGCACCUUACAACUUCCUUGCGACGAGGAUGCAUUUCAAACAGCGGAGUGGAAGCAGAUGCCAACGUUGCAAGAAAUGCUGGACUGGAAUGUUGAUUUGGUCAAUCCCCCCAGCUUCUUCAGCCUGACAAUUGUGACUUCGUCAAUCCUCUCCCGUUGUGCAAGGACGACUCAUGGUCGGAGUAGAGCCGACAAUCUGCCACCUUGGGAUCCCCGAUCAGACUUUACGGCAACAAAUGCUUCUCUCAUAUUGCUUGAGUCAUAUCUGAAAGCCAGGAAGGAUUCUAUCCUGGAUCUUGUGUGCAACGGACCUCAGGGGGACGAAAGCAUCAAUGAGCACCAGAUUGGUCACCUAUUUUUUGCGCAUGUGCUCUUCCACCUCUGCCACUGUCUGCUAAACCACCCGUUUCUUCUACGACUUCGACUAAAACCCAUCGCCGCAAGGGCACCUAAAAGCUUUGUCUUGCGUGCUUCUCACUUGGCGCAGGAAAAUGCAAGACAGCUUACGACUUUAUUGGCGGCGACUUCUAAGGGCGGCAUUUCCCCCGACUCUUCCUUUUACACGUACUGCGCUGCUAUUGCCGCAGGAAUUCAUUGCCUAGCGUUAGGUUCACAGCAACAACUUGACUGUGUUGACCAAUACGACGCUCAGUUAUAUUUUGAUCAGACUAUGGGGGUGAUGGAAAGGCUUGCAAGCCGUUGGUUAAUUGCCAAAAACAUGUUAAACAAGCUCUAUGAACUCAACGCACAGUUAGGCGCGUACUCCUGUCUUCAUGACAGCCCAGGGUUGGGCGAUGUCUUGGACAUGCUAUUGGAGGACUUUCUUUGGUCGUUGGUCGACUAUGGAAGCUUGGCACGUGAAGUGCCGAAGAUUCAACCAGGGCCUGCAUCUUUCCUAUCGAAUCUACCCUCACCUUGUACCUGGGAUACCCUUGUCACCUAAAAAUAGCAUUAAACCUGGCUCAUGUCUGAGAAGGAACCCCAAGCGACAUGUUCAAGUACUAGGAUC